CCGGUUACCGGUUACCACAAGUUUGCACGGGUUGGCCAUCAGAGUUAGGUAAGGCCGCCACUUGUAUUAAUAGCAAAUGCGAUAAGAGGCUUGUUUUUGAGGGGAUGGCUUUGUGCUUUCUAUGCGGGGUAUCGGAAUGUCCGUUGGACAAACAUGGAGAAGGACUUGUGCGAGCGUCAUUUAUUCUUCCGCCAUUCGCUGUGAGCGGCAAGGAACCUCUGGUCAGCUGCAAAGGAUACUCCAUGAAAAUGUCUCGCAAGCGCACGAGGUCCUCCAAGUCCACUUAGACCGUUCAGCAAGAAAUAUCACCCGCCACUACCGAUGUGCCAUCAACGCGCCAUCCGGGUUCUUCACGAUUCAAAAUUUUGAUUCCCAUAAUUGUAGGCAAGAUCUUGGAGGGAAAGGUCGAGUUGAUUUCAAUGCGCGGGUAGGAUGGGGAGCGGGAGGCCUUCUUGGAGUCCCGACAUGAUCGUGAUGGAUUUGUUGCAGAUUCGAUAUCUUUAUUGGUGGUCCUCGCGUGGUACAGUACUGCUUCGAUCGUGAUUUGAAACCCAAGUUACCAUACCUAGCAGCGAAAAGGGGUCAGUAAGCGAAGAAGUAAAUACCGAUCCUCAAGAGCAUACCGAUUGAAGAUAUAGGGACACGUCUCCUUCAAGGUCGUGGCUAAUAUGGUGUAGGCGUUACAGAGCCUUGAGGGUUCUGGUGGAAGCUAUCGCGAAGGUAUCGUACGAGUACAUGUCCACAGGUACAGUAGCAAUGCAGACCGUGCAUCUAUCACCUAAAACAACCCAACCCCUCCUUUCGGUCGAUCGAACGUCAUCGACAACAACGCUUUGCUUCGAAGUAAUAUAUUCGUGAAAUCUUCUUGAUGGAUUUUCAUAUAAUGUAGUGAACGAGGCAAAAGACGAUAGGUGAGAUUAAGCUUUCCCAAUGCGCUAAUUGACCAGAGCCAACGCCAACGCCAACGCCAAUAUAGACCAAUCCCUCUCUGGGAAUCAUAAGCCUGAAAAUCCACGAACAACAGCGGCGAAGUGUUGGCUGACGCGUCUCGUGAUGAAAACAAACAUGAGAAUGUGAGAAAUUCUUUCAAGUCAUCACCAGAAUUCCAGUCAUGCUAUAUUUUAAAGUUACCAGCGGCAGCUUCGCUGUAGACGUUGCUGCUUAUAUUAUUACGAGUGUGUGCACUCUCCUUCUGGCGACUCGAAUCUUCACAGAAGCACGCUUUUGGCUUCGCUCGAGGGGAGCUGCUGGACGCUUUCAAGGACGAGAGCCAUUGACCUUGCCAUAUACAAUACCAUGGCUAGGCGGUGCUACAAGAAUGAUGGGAGGCCAUUCUGUGUACAAAUAUGCCAAGUAAGGCUCAAUCGGUGUACACAUGCUGUUUUAUCUAACAUUCAAAGAUCAAUGUCUCCCCUAGGAAGACCUGUCAAGUUACGAGUAGGGUCUCUGAAUAUGUACAUCCUCUUUGGGCCUAAAAACAUGAAAGCAUUCUUUAGGAAUUCCAAGUCGGUCAGUAAGGAUGCAUCCAGCAUAAUGUCGUUCAAAAAUACCUUUAAGCCAGCAAAAGAUGUGCAAAUAUUCAAAGACGAUCAAUCUGGUUACGGGGCAACAUCUUUGACUGGGGGAAAGAAUGAGACCCGUAUCUGGAAGCGAACACAUGAUCUUGGUAAUGCAGCACUUGCCAAUGGACCGGAUGUGAAUCUCUUGACAUCUAGAUUCAUGUAA